AUGAGCACGCGCAACAAGGAUCACCCUCAGACAACAGGCGCCCGCCCCACCUUUUGUGCAUCCCUCCGCCUCCGACGCCCCGCCCUCGUCUCGCUGUGGACUACAAGUCCCAGUCAGGGGUUGGACUGGGCUGUGGCUCCCCCCCCCCCCCCCCCCCGGGGUCACCGCAGGCUGGUGGCCAUACUGGCUGCAGGCUACCGCGGGGAAGCUCACAGGAGCCGGAGGACUUGGGCCACUCGCAGGUAUCUCUGCAGCCCGUUACCGCUGAAGUUAGAAAUCCUCUUCGAGCAGGGGGAUGGGGCCCGGGAGAAAUGGAAAUCUGGGGCCUAUAGGGUUAGCUGUAUGGCUAGUCCCCAGUCCUUUGUCCAGGAAGUGAAGAGAAAGGCUUCUCCUCCUCUGAGAUCUUCUCUUUCCCCAGCUCAGCCUGAAGAGGAUCAAGACCUGGCCAAAACUGAGAGCCUGGAAUCAGAUAGAAUGGCUCAUGGAAUCCAAAGACCCCCAUGGCAGGAGUCACUGACAGUCAAGGAUGUGGCUGUGGACUUCACCCAUGAGGAGUGGUGCCUCUUAAACUAUUCUCAGAAAGAACUGUACAUGGAGGUCAUGCUGGAAAACUCCCAGAAUCUGCUCUCCCUGGAUGGAGAAACCAGUUUUGAAAUGAAUGAGACUACUGCAAAGCUGUGCAAUUCUGUGGACAAGACUCGCCAGCAUAGAUUCAUGAGUCAUGGUUCCUAUGACUUCAAUAUGAGAGAAAUCUGCGACUCAGAUAUUAAGACAGGGAAAAAUCAAAGUAGUCACUGUGAAGCUGAUAAAGAUGGAAAGGAUUUCAGGCAAUAUUCAGUCCUAAUUCAGAGUAAAAAAAUGAUCUCUGGAAAUGAUUAUUUUCAGUAUAGUGAAAAUAGGAAAUGCUUUACUGAAAAGUUUGGGCUUAUUCAGUAUCAUGAGAAGCUUCCUGAAGUACAAACAUAUCAGGGAAAUCAGUGGGGAAUGUCCCUAUGCUUGAGUUCAGACAUCAUUAGACAUCAGAAAAGUCAUAUGGGAGAAAUGCUUUAUAAAUGUAAUGAAUGUGGGAUGGCCGUCAGCCAAAACUCAAAGCUCAUCGACUAUCAUGAAUAUUGUAAUCAAUGUAGAAAGGUUUUCAUACAGAAUUCCAAACAUGCUCUACAUCAGAAAAUCUACAAUGGAGAGAAACCUUAUAAUUGUAAUCAAAACGGAAAAACAUUCCAAUGUAUCUCCAGUAUUGCCAUACAUGAGAAAAACCACACUGGAGAUAAACCUCAUGAAUGUCAUGAAUGUGGUAAAACAUUUGGUUUAUAUUCUCCCUUCAGUACCCAUCAGAGAAUCCACACUGGAGAGAAAUCUUAUGAAUGUAACCAAACUGGAAGUGCUUUCCGAUGUAGCUCCAGUCUUGCUGUACAUCAGAAAAACCAUACAGGAGAGAAACCUCACAAGUAUGAUGAAUAUGGCAAGACUUUUGGUGAUUACUCUUCCCUAAGUGCCUAUCAGAGAAUCCACACUGGAGAGAAAUAUUAUCAAUGUGAUCAACCUCGAAAGCCUUUCCAACUUGGCUCUACUCUUGCUGUACAUCAGAAAAACCACACUGGAGAGGAACCUCAUGAAUGUCAUAAAUGUGGUAGAAUUUUUGAUAAACACUGUUCCCUCAUUGCACAUCAGAGAGUCCACAAUGUAAAGAAACCUUAUAAAUGUAAUCCUUGUGGAAAGGCUUCCAAAUACAGCUCCAGUCUUCUUCUUCAUCAGAGAAUCCACACUGGAGAAAAACCUUAUGAAUGUAAUCAGUGUGGAAAGGCUUUCACACGGAAAUUCAGUCUUGUUGUACAUCAGAGAAUCCACACUGGAGAGAAACCUUAUGAAUGUAAGCAAUGUGGAAAGACUUUCCGAACAAGACUCAAUCUUGUUGAACAUCAGAAAAUUAGCAUUGGAGAAAAACCUUAUAAAUGUAAUCAGUGUGGAAAAGGUUUCAGACACAGGUCCAGUCUUCCUCCUCAUCAGAGAAUCCACAGUGGAGAGAAACCUUUUGAAUGUAAUCAAUGUGGAAAGACUUUCACACAGAACUCCCAUCUUUUGACACAUCAGAGAGUCCACACUGGAGAGAAACCUUAUGAAUGUAAUCAAUGUGAAAAGGCUUUCAUGAAUAAGUCCAUUCUUGCCAUACAUCAGAGAAUCCACACCGGAGAGAAACCUUAUGAAUGUAAGCAAUGUGGAAAGACUUUCCGAACAAGAUUCAAUCUUGUUGAACAUCAGAAAAUUCACAUUGGAGAAAAACCUUAUAAAUGUAAUCAAUGUGGAAAAGCUUUCAGACACAGGUCCAGUCUUCCUCUUCAUCAGAGAAUCCACAGUGGAGAGAAACCUUUUGAAUGUAAUCAGUGUGGAAAGACUUUCACUCAAAACUCCCAUCUUUUGACACAUCAGAGAAUUCACACUGGAGAGAAACCUUAUGGAUGUAAUCAAUGUGGAAAGGCUUUCAAGGAGAACUCUAGCCUUGCUGUACAUCUGAAAAUCCACGCUGGAGAAAAGCCUUAUGAAUGUAAUCAAUGUGAAAAGACUUUCAAGAAUAAAUCCAGUCUUGUUAUACAUCAGAGAAUCCACACUGGAGAGAAACCUUAUGAAUGUAAUGAAUGUGGAAAAACUUUCACAAAUAAGUCCAGUCUUACUAUACAUCAGAGAAUUCACACUGGAGAGAAACCUUAUGAAUGUAAGCAAUGUGGAAAGGCUUUUACACAAAAUGCUAAUCUUUUGAAACAUCAGAGAAUUCACAAUGGAGAAAAACCUCAUGAAUGUAAUCAGUGUGGAAAAGCCUUCACACACAACUCCAAACUUGCUUGCCAUCAGAGAAUUCAUACUGGAGAGAAACCUCAUGAAUGUCAUCAAUGUGGAAAAGCUUUCAGACAGAGCUCCCAUCUUUCUAAACAUCAAAGGAUCCACUCAAGUAUGAUGGGUGAAGUCUGA